AUGGUUCAUGCCCUUCAAUCCAUCAUGCCCUCCGUAACUUAUGCUCCAACUCCAACGGGGUUACGCCCUCCCAGAGGCACGUAUCAGGAAAUACCGAUCUCUUCGACCUCCCACCCAGAUAACCCAAUUCCGGAAGAGCCCCGAGGUGUGCGUUCGCUCUCGGUAACCGACAUAAGCUUCAAUGUCGUCUCCUCAAGCUCCUCGCAAGGCACUGAAUCUGCCGGCUCAGAGUCCCCGGAUACCCCUCUGACGCCAACCAGCGAGUCGCAAUUGGAGGAAGAACUAGCAGACCGAAAGCCUGAAAAUGGUCGGCAAAGACGACGGGCAUCAACCGUCUUGAUAUCACAAAAUUCCAAUGAUAUGAGGCGGGUGUUGGAGAAUGUGGGCACAUCAGGCACUCAGAAGCUUCAAUCCCUCUGCUGUGGCGGUGGUUGUUGCCGAGGGCAGGCAUUGCGUCCUGUAGAUGGACCAAUCUCAGGGUUCAACUCUAUCACUGGACCUGUUGGGAACAAGGCUUUCGAUAGCCUGAAGCUGAACCUCGACCUCCUCACGAUGGACAGUGAGCUUUCCAACAUUGCCCCACUCCCAGAGAAGACAGUUUCGUUCAAACCGCUCCCGGCAACGGCGGUUGAUAUGACUCUCGGUCCCGCAGAUCACCCGCCCGAAUUUGUGCAACCUCACCCACCUUAUUCGGUCUACCGUGCGCCUCUGUUCCAUACCCGUGAGUUGACAGGGCCCGGUGCCGAGAAGCGUACUUACCACUUCGACAUCGAUGUCACCGACUAUCCCGCAGAGAGCGGCAUGGUCGACUUUGUAGUCGGCGGUGCAAUUGGUGUGUGCCCUAAGAACAAAGAUUCCGAAGUCGAGGACGUCCUCAACCUCCUCGGUGUGCCGAACUCCAUGCGAGACAAGAAAGUCCUCAUGCGCACCACAAAGGGCCGAUGGCCGACAAUUUGGGGCGACGACCAGCCCCGCGAGCUGAUCACCACCCGACGCGAAGUGCUAAGCUGGUGCUCCGAUAUCCAGAGUUACGCACCCACUAAGCCCCUCUUCCGUCUUCUCGCUGAGCACAGCAGCGAUGCACAGGAGAAGAAAAUCCUGGAAUACCUUUCCUCCGCCGAAGGCCAAGGCGCCUUCUGCGAUCUGCGCACCAGUUCCUUCGUCACCCUUUCCCAACUCCUUCACGCCUUCCCCUCCUCUCAACCCCCUCUCGACCACCUACUCUCCGUCCUCAACACUCUGAUGCCCCGCUUUUACUCUCUCUCCCAAGACCCCCAAAUCUCCUGCCGAUAUAAAGGCAGCGAAUGCCGUCGUCUAAUCGAAAUAGCCGUUACCGUGGCCGAGUCCGAAGACUGGCGCGGCGGCACCCGCACAGGUGUUGGGUCCGGCUACCUCGAGUCCCUCGCAAAGCAAUUAAUCGCCGCCGAAGCCAAGGGUGAGAAAGUCGACCUCCACAUUCCGAUGUUCCGCGGCCUGAUGGCAAACCCUCUCGCAACACGCUUUGCCUCCGACGGCCCGAUGCUGCUCAUCGGCGCGGGCGUGGGCAUCGCUCCAUUCCGCGGGUUUGUGCAGCGCCGACUGCAGUCCGCAAACUGCGCGAACAAGGUGUGGGUGCUGCAAGGUGUGCGGGACUCACUGCUUGACGAGCUUUACUCUGGCGAGUGGGGUGUGCAUGAGGAUAAGGUGCGCACUGUUGUGCAGAGCCGCAGGGGCGAGAGUCGAUAUGUACAGGAGGAGGUUCGACACCAGGCUGAUCUUGUCUGGUUCGUUAUCAACUCGCUGGAUGGGCGGGUGUUUGUUUGCGGAUCGGGCAAGGGCAUGGGUGAGGGUGUUGAGGCUGCGCUUAUUGAUGUUGCUAUGGCGAAGGGCAAUCUCAAUGCCCAGGAGGCCAAUAUGUUCUGGCAGCGGAAGAAGGAGGCGGGGCAGUAUAUUGCUGAAACUUGGUGA